AUGUCCUAUUACGACGAUGACCGGCCUCGCCGCCAGAAGAGCACACGAGAGCGAUCUCGAAGAGAUGACUAUGAAGACACUGUCUACGACACAAACACGAGAGACACUCGUAUAGUCAAGAGGCGCGACGACAGCGUGGAUUCCAUCGAGGAUGUGUCCCGCGACUUUACCCCCGGGGAUCGCAGCACUAUAUAUCGUGAAACCACUGUGCGCAAGAGCGGUCAUCGCCCCAUUCGUGCAAGAUCCUCCGACGAUCGCUAUUACGAUGAUCGUUACGAUGAUCGCUCGUACGUUUCGCGAAAAAAGCACGAGGACGACUAUGUCCUUGUCGACAAUCCCAAAGGGCGAAGUCGUGACUAUGACGACCGACGCCGCUCCCGACGCUACUCGUCAGACUAUGAAUCCCGCAGCCGCAGCCGUACACCUCCAAAGAAAGAACGGAGGAAGUCCACCGCUGAAGAGCUGUUGGGAUCCGUUGGUCUGGGAGGUGUUGCCGGUGCCUUACUGGGGAAGAGCAAGAGCCGUGACAGGUCCAGAUCUAGUUCCCGCGAUGGUCGUCACCGAAGCCGCAGCCGAGCUGGUCGCCGGUCAUCAUCCGACCGAUCUCGGCACCGAAGCAAGAGCCGUGGCAAAGUUCGAAACGAACAAAUCUCCCAAGCCAUCAAGGCUGCCGUUUUGGCUGGAGCUGGUGAGGCGUUCCGUGCUCGCAAAGUCGAAGGCGGUUGGGGCGGCGAAAAAGGCAAACGCAUCAUUACCGCAGCUUUGGCGGCGGGAGGUGUUGAUGGCCUGAUCUCCAACAAGGACGACCCUCAUCACCACUCGAAGCGCGACAUUGUGGGCUCUGCUAUAGCCGGUAUGGCGACCAACCGCAUCAUCAAUGGACCUCGGUCAAAAUCCCGUGGCAGAAACGGCAGCCCGGACAGUCGUAGAGGGCGGAGUCAAUCUCGAGGCGGUUUGGGAGAUCUUGCAGCCGGCGGUGUGGUGGCAGCCACGGCAAAGAAAGUCUAUGAUUCAGUUCGCUCUCGAUCUCGUGGGCGUGCUCGCUCUCGCAGCGCCUCGUCGUAUGACAGCCGUAGCCCAAGUCCUCGGCGCAAGCGGAGUCGAAGUGUGUCGGCCUUUGCAGCCAAGGGUCUUGCGGCAUUGGGACUGAAAGAUGCGGCCGACAAGGUCGACCCCAACCGCGAACGCGAUCGCCGCCGAAAUUAUGACGACUACUAUGAUGAUGGUCGAUCAAGUCGAAAUGGAGGAUAUGGGUAUAGUGAUUCCCGAGAUGUAGGUACCAUUCAACCCCACUUUGGUUAUCCGGAUGGCGGUCCCCGUUCCAUGAGCGUACCCAGGGGGCCGCCUCCUGGCUAUGAGCUCGACUACGGCCCACGUCAUACUGGUGACCCAGAAACAGACUCCGAUUCUGACCUCGGCUCCAGUUCCGAAGAUGAGAAAGAGAUAAAGAAAGGUCGCAAGAAAAUGUGGGUCACCGGAGGUCUUGCGACCAUCGCGACCAUCCAUGCCGCGCAUAGUGUUUACCAGAGUAUGGAGAAGCGAGAAACGAGAAAAAAAUUAUUGAAGGAGGGCGAUAUUACUGAAGAUCAAGCCAGGAGAGCAAAGAACAAGAACAGGUUGCAAGAUGCUGCAAGCAUUGGCAUCGCUGCUCUUGGUCUUAAGGGCGCCUACAGCGAGUGGCAGGAGAUGCAUGAGCAACAGCAGGAGGUAAAGGAGGAGAAGGAGAAACGUGAGAGACACCGACUCAAGCGAGAAGCAAGGAGAAGAAAGAUGAGCAUGAUAGCAGCUCAUAAUUAUGCCGACAGCGGUUUCACGGGAAGCAUGCCGAACUUGGCAACAUACGGUCAACAGUAUCCGGCAUUUCCUCCUCCGCCCGGGGCAUCGUUUGGACCUGGCGCAGCUGUCCAUUACACUGACGACAACCCUUACGGAGCUGUCACUCACCCACCCCCCACCUUUGUCCCGACUCCCCCACCCUCGCACAUGGGUGUCCCCCGGGCAGAGACUGGGUGA